UAAGAACGUCUAAGCAUCGAAGCCAAGUUGUUAAAUUCACGACUUUUUUUCUCCGAUUGCUGGUGAGUACUCAACUUCAAUACGUAACUACGAUUCGACUAAAAAUAAAAAGGAAAAAAGGAAUUGAUUGGCCAGGACAUCUGAUGGUUUUGAAACUAAACAAUAGUCUGUUUACUACAAACAGAACCGUUCUCAAAGAAUUCAAAACUGCCGGGGGUAAAAAAAGGCAGUCCUAUUAUUUCGGGAAAAAAUCGACCACUGUGAUUUAAUGAGAUAUACUCAGUUUCAGUUGGCCAAAAUUGUCGAGUCUAGAGAAGAGUGAAAUAAGUCGGGGUCAGUGUGUACUAAAAAUAUUUUAUUUUUAUAUUUCAGUAAUCUGGGGGUUUAAAACCGGAAACGUUGAAAAAAGUAGAGAAAUUCUCGCCUUAAAUGGGGGCAAAAGUAUGGCAAAACUACUUGCCUCAAAGCUCGCAAAAUUAGAGUCACUAAAAACAGAAGCAGCUAUUGAUCUAUAACUAUAUUUUUUACAAGAACCCUCUUCUCAUAGGUACAGUAACUGACUGCUUCUAAUUUAUGUGUCCCCUCAUUUUUCAAGCUUAAUUAUUCUUUCUAGCCGUUUAUAAUAUGUCUGCUUUUAUUGAAAAUAAAUUUUUGAUAAGAGAAUCUAUCGACAAACUCAUGUUUCCCUGUCUAAGGAAACUGCUUCCGUAAGUGGUUGCAUUAGUGCCAUUUGUAUGACGUUUGUGAAGGUGUUCUGUUGAGUUUGUUUGAUCCUGGCCUUUCAAAACAUUGCGAGUUAACUAAAUAUUUUAAUUAGAAAAACUGGAUGGCUUAAGCCAUUCUGGUCUUUAGCAACCUUGCUUCUCUUAUCAGGUUACACAACUGAACUAAACAUCUUCAAUCCCGGCUUCCCCAGAAGAUAACCUUAAUUGAUGAUCUUGCGAUUCCAAGUCAAAAUUAACGUUAUCGUGAGUAGUCUGAGAUUUAUUUCAAAGUAAGUUUCUCGAUUUCCUCAAAAUUGAAUCGACGGUUAGCUUUAAAUGAAAUUUUAAAAGAUACGAUAUUUUAGACUAUUCACAGUUGUAAUAUAAAGUAGAAGAGAAAAAAGCGACUUGAGUUUUUUGUCAAUUAUUGGUUUCAGUAUUAGUUUCCAUUAUUUCAUUGUGUAUUGGUAUACUUAAUCUUAAUUUCGAGACACUUAAAUCACAUGUCAACCUACGAAAAAGUACGGCGACCUUCCCUCAUCUUUAUUCAAUCGACCGCCUGAUAUAUCAAGAAUAUACUUUGCAGUACAUCCUCCUUAAUGCGGAUACUGGAAAGAGAAAUAGUCAGGUGUCCGUAGUUUGGAAGGAAAACAGUCUGAUAGAGAAACUUGUUUCCAUUAUGUAAGGAGCCAUAUAAGAGAAGACUCUACUGUCGCUGAUUUCUUUUACGUAGAGCCGCAGUGAUACACACGCGAACUGGAUCAGGCGUGUGGGUACAUGAUAGCCUGAGCGAGUGGGCGAAAAGUGAGAAGUGAAAAAAAAAAACGUCUCUUGCUCCUUCUGGUUACAAUUAUCUCACCUAAUUUGGAUUGUACUAAGAAUACAAUUACCUUCAAUGGCGCCCAACUUUGCUUUUAAAAUUUGUAAUUUUAUUUAAAACUAGUGAUAUCCUUUUAAAAAAAUGGGUUGAUUUUUCCCUGGCCUGUUUCCUGGUACCCAGCACAGCGCUGAGGUGGGAGGCACGGGUUCAGGGCACGUAUACUUUCAUUUUCCCUUCAUAGUCUGUUUGACGCGUCGAAAAAGGAGUCUUUUAUGAUUCAAAUUCUUUUCUAUGUAUUGUUACUCAAAGUGUCUGCAUUAAGCAAUUUUGCUAAUUAUAAAAUUCCUCCUUGCAGCAGUGUCUUUCUAGAGGCGACCGCUGUUUAUCAUCAGCAUGGAUCCUGGGCUCUUGUACCUGUUAAAACUGAUCAAGUAUUACCUGUAUGAAGGUUACGUAUGGUGGCACAUGCCGAUGGUGUUGACAAUGGCUUACACGCUGUUUGAAAGGGAACGCCUGCUGGAUUAUGCCAUAUUUGAUUCUUACCCAAACCCUCUACCUCAGGUCAAACGGAGAUGUAAUGAUCCAGUAUUGGGUAGGUAUAUUCUUGAGCCAAGUUCAGGGUGAAGGGCAGUUUCAGUGCUAAUCUAAGUCUUUAAAGUGAGUGUAUGAAAUUUAAAUAUCCCAUAUUUAAACUAAGGGACGGAGAGAUUUCUCAAAAAUAUCCUAUAUUUAAACGUUACCUAAAAGGUGCGAUGAUCCUUCGCGUGUUAAAUCUUUCUCUUGCAGCUCAGAUAUUUGAAAUUUCUUUAACUCACAUUCAUAUAUUCACAUUUAAUGGAGCCGAAACCAAUUGUGGAAUUGCACGCAUUUUAGGCAUCCUACUGAUGAACAGUUGCGACACGUAGAUAUAUAUUUUUUAGCAACUAGGAUAAUUUGCAGUCUGUCUACUUUGAAUUCAUAUCUUCAUCUUAGUCUUUUUCGUGUGCUCUAGGGGUAUCUAACAGCUCCAAGUUGGCCUGAUCGCUUAGUGAUAAGAGCUCUGCACCGGUAUAUCUCAGUUUGUCACGGGUUCGAAUCUUAUUCAAUCCUCAAUUUUUUAAGGCUUUCAUUUCGCAACCACUUAAGUUGCCUACAUAACUGCCAGUGGGAUGAUCUCUCACGUGCUAAAUCUAGGUCUUAGUUACAAGGACUUCUCAUUAGAGACCUUUAGAUUCGAGGACGAGGACGACUACGAGAUCUGACUUCAAGUUUUUUUCGCCUAUUCUCAAAAUAUAGACACCGCGGAAAGCUUCAUUUUACCAUUUUUCACUUGAAACGUUAGCACUGUUAUCUUUAGUGAAGGAGGUUACGCGCUCUCCCGAUUGCAAAAAGAUAAAACUUUUAACAUUUGAUAUCUUUUUUUCGCCACCACGACAUUCGCGCGAACAGAAUGACGACGGCUACCACGUUUGCCCGCCAAAAUGACGCUGCCUCACGAGCGUGCACUACUUAGUAUUGGUUCAGCCUAGGCGUUCUCGGCUCGGUCAAUCCUGGACUCUACCUUGAGCUAUGACGUCACCUAGAGAUACUCGCGGGGACAACGGGGCAAGAGAGAACGCCUAGAGACUAGGCUGGUAUUGGUUGACUAUUGAGAAAAUCUCGAACUCGUAGUCGUACUCGUCUUAGAAUCCGUAAAGCUUUCUAGUUAGAGUUAACCCCAGCCCAUACGGUCAGAGCUACAAACCAGGUGUCCUAAUGACUUUAUCAUUCAGUUUUUGAAAAAAGCAUUUAUUUGUCUUAUCAACCAUUUUUGAUCUAUUUGUCUCACAAGGCGAUGGCUAUAUGGGAUGCUUUAAGAAGUCCAUUUUGGAUCAUAAUAUCAACGGCUUUGUCCAACAGUCUUUAUCGUCAGUGUAAAAUUCCCCGAUUUAAAAAUGCGUUGCUCAUUGUUAAAAAAGUACAAAAAAAAUAAGAUCUAUUUACCUAACUAAAUGCAGCCUUAAAAAGGGGACAGGUAAAAUUUUUUACUACCUAGCUAUUUACAAAUAAAAGCUGCUUUUCAAGGAUGCCGUGUAAAACUACAGUCAUUUGCAGAAAAAUAGGAGCUGUGUCCGCUAUAGGAGAAACUUGUCUUUAAAUAAUUGGUAAGUGGAAGGAUUGAUCAAAAAUUUCGUCACGAGAUACAAAUUUAGAUGUUAGAGAUCCCAUGUACGGUUUUAUACAUCAUAAUGCCAUCAAAUUGCCGAGUAAAUCGCAAAAUUAAAAACAGCUCAGAACGGAAAGACCAAAAGAAAGUAAUAAAAACGGUUGAAUUAAACUGUCGUAAAAUAAUUAAUACAAAAAGGGAGGGAUGAACAAACUUCAAGGAGAAGAUUAAAACAGAUUGCAGUUGCACUGAGUUUUUGAUAACUUGUUAGUCCAACAGUUUUGCAAAGUUCAUUUUUGUUGUUUAUGACGAUAAAUAUAUAAUUCUUUGGGAGAGAUGUUUAUCUGGUCCCGCUUGUUCAAACGUUAGAUAACGCUACCCAACGGAUAAGUAGUAGGGAAACCAAUUGCGUUAUCCUGAGGAUAGAGAUUUAUCCGGUGGAUAGCGCUAUCCAACGGAUAAAUCUCUAUCAAGUGGAUAGUGCAGUUGGUUUCCCUGAUACUUAUCCACUGGAUAGAGAUUUAUUGGGUGGAUAGUGUAAUAUCCACCUUUUGAACAACUGGGACCUGAUACGAAGCUUUUUUGGCAACAUCAACCCAAUGAACUAGACAGCCAAGACGUAGCCCUUUUAAUGCCGGCAGCAAAGAGACAGAAAUGAAUGUCUGUUUGGCAAAGGUCUGUGUUAAAAAGUUUUGAUUGCCAGGGGCGUGGCCAGCCCAUAGACCUGUAGACCCGUGCCUACAAAUUUUUGGUUUGAUCACUCUACCGCUUGUAAUAAAUUAUGCGUUGUUGGGGUGAGCAUAAAAAGCUUUAGAGCUCAAAGUGUUGUUGAGGGCAGUGCGUACUAGUCAUGCGUGCAAUUGUCAGGAUAUGUGGAAAUGAAAGUCAGCCAGGCCUAUAACUACAGUAGUAAAAAACCUGGCUACGCCCCUGAUUGCCGCGUGCGUUAAGUGUGAAAUCUCUGUGACCAAUGCCGGAAACUUGCUUUAAUCUCAGUUGGUACUCCCUAUAAUGGCCUAUACAGAGGGGGGACGCUCGAAAGGGUAUACUUUUCCCAGCCUUACGAUAUAAGAAAGGAUAGGCUAAUACUUGCCUAUUCUUUCUUAUAUCGUAAUGGUCCUAGGGAAGAUAGGAAGAAGGUUUUGCUGUGAUUUGCAAAUAUGCUUCCCAUGAGAUCGAAUGAGAAGGGAAUAUAUCAAUUUAUAUCUCAUAAAAGCAAAGAUUCUUGUUCGUUACAUAACUGACAAAUAUUCGUACCGGAGGAUUUAAAAUAUUUAUCAGAAAUUUAACACUGUUGCGGAACAUUCUUUUCUUCUUUUCAUCAAUUUAGAUGCUACUGUGGUGUAAACCUUAAAUCAGCAAAGAAAGUUAAAGAAUGUGAAUGUCGAAAAAAGUGCAAAGGCGUUAAGAAGAAAUUGCGUUGUGGUGGCUCUCACCAUGUUUCACUCUACAAUACAUGUGAGUCAAUUUUAAACAUUUAAUUGAAUUAUUAAAUGAAGCUUAGUAUGAUAGUAAGAAUAAUGCGGUUGAAGGGGGCGGUUAUUUACCUGGGAUUGUUAAAGCCAAUCAGAAACGGCGACAUAUUUUGAAUUGAGGGUAAGUAGUAAUACUACAAGCGUCCAUAUAAAUGCAGCAAAAAACGUAAUUUAUUAAGUGCAAUCGUGUUCUUUACCCUUCAUGGCGAUUACGUGAAGUCAAUUUUAUUUCUUCACUAAAGUGUUUAUUGACGUUCCCGUACAUGUUCCUGUCGUGGAUGCCUAGACUUCCUAAAAUCAGCGCCUUGUCCAUGAGUAAGCACUCACAGCAUAGACCUCCUCGAUUGCCUCGAAUUAGCGCACCACCAUCCUCAUGACUUUCGAUUCUUUGAUCGUUUUUUUAACUUUAAGUACACUGGCAUUGAAGGAAGAGACGUCUAUUCUCUGUUGAGCAAGUUCUAGCGAUUUCUAUCUCCAUAUUUUUUUUUACUGUUCUCUCAUUUUCAUUAUCAUUUCCUUUUGUCUUUGUUUUAACCUUUCAGACUUUUUUUAUUUUGGCGUUUCGUUUCAUUUCAUUUUAUUUUGUUAUUUUAUUUCUUUAAGAUGUCUGCACGAAGGAAAUGAAAGAAGCUCGAACAAUCGACGGGACGUGCAAUGAUCUUAAUAACACCACUGCCGGAAGCCGGUUGUACCGUUUUGGCAGGAACGUUCCUCUUAAACACGUUUACACCAACCCUGGAGAUCUACUCAAGCCAGAUCCACGAACUCUAGCCAAAAAGUAAGUUCGAAUGAUUUGUUUGAUCGCUUGCCAUUAUCCUCUUUACUGCUGUUGUUGUUAAUUUAGCCGACAUGACCCAAACCUCGGCUCUAACUCUCGUGAGGCAAAAGAAGACAUUGCAUAGGGCGACAAGAGUGCAGCUAUUACUGCGCUUUUCGGCAAAAACACGCGAACUCUGAAGUUCAAAAGCCAACUGACGUUUGUGUUUUUCGCUGCCGUCAGUCAUCUUAAGGGACAUCUUAGGAAAGAGAACUUUACUUAAACGGGUUCAAAAGGUCAAGGUUUUCGAUCUGUGAUUGGUGGAUUUCGAUCCGUUUUGUGUAUUUCUGUGUUUCAAGGUUCGUUGCUUGUGAUCGUAAUUAUGAUUGACAGCAACAAAAAACGCAAUUGUGAAGGCAGCUUUUGAACUUUAGAGUUCGCGUGUUUGUGAAAAGUGCAGUAAAUUCCAGAUUAAAAUUUUACUGUGCUUUGUGACCUCGAUUUUCCUCCGAGUCUACGUAUAUUAAACCCUUCUAAAAUCCAGUCAGCUAAAUUUGAAUGGAGCGACUUCUGCAACCGUAACUUUGGGGACUACCUUGAUUCUAGCUUAGUGCUUACACCACCUAAAGGUAGUACGACGCAACAGAAGAAAUUUGAUCAUUUCAAUUUGCAGUUUGUUGCAGCGUAAGAAGUUUAUAGAAGUUCCUUGGCUGAAUCUGUUCGCCGUGGCAUGGCUUCAAUUUAUGGUUCAUGACUGGUUUGAUCACAGUGCAGCCACCAAGGAAACAAUCGAAGUCCCUCUUGCAAAAGACGACCCCUUAUAUAAGAAAAUGAAAGGUAAUCUUCAUAUGUGCAGUAAGAAAAAAUGCAUGAAUUGUAGCAUGCAGCGUUUCGUUGGGAAUUCGCAAUUUGCAUAUCUACCAUUAUAAUACUUCUUUGUCCGGGCCCCAAAACCUUUUGUCCAAAUGACGAGUAGACAAAAACAGUCGGAUAUUGAAGUUUAAUGUAAUAGACAGAAACUCGUCACACAUGCAAAGUAAGGAUGACUUUGAAAACAAAUUUUUACUAUGGCAGUCAUUAAAAAAAAACGAUGAACCUUUGACCCUCCUUGUACCGGCAAGGGCUACAAAGCUUUUUUGCGGCCACAUUCAAAGCUAAAACCCUAAAAAAAUCCAGCACACUAUCAAAUGCCUUUUUGAAAUCUACACAAAAAUGGCAAAACUUACCUCGGUUAACCAUACCAUUUUAAAAUAUAUUAAUUCUAGUCAAUGACUUAAAAUGUACAAAAGAGCUCCGCUUUUAGGCUUGGCCAAAGCUAUAUAUUAUUAUUCUUAUUAUCAUCACCACUUUGUCUGGCAUUGUGGCGCAUUUUGCGGGCUGAAAUGGAGAAUUUGGCGGGCUAAACUAUAUUUUAGCCCUCGUAAAGUUAAGAAACACCUGCUGAUUUCUUGGGUUAAAAAUUGGUAGGAACUAUCUCCAAUCCCUCAGAGUAAAAGUCACGCGCGGAAAAAUGGCGUGGUUUUGUUUUUUGCGAGUCGCGCGUUAAUUAGUUGAAAUUUGGUGAGCUGUCAAAUGGAGAUCAGCAGGCAUGUGUAAUUCAUUAUUUGUCCUAAUUGCAGGUAAACUGAAAGUUCGUCGCACCAAACCAGACCCUUGCGAAAACAAAAACGAUGCAGUACCACCGGCGUACCAGAAUCACGUGACACAUUGGUGGGACGGCUCACAGUUGUAUGGCAGCGAUAGAAAAACUCACGAUCGAGUCAGAUCAUUUGUUGACGGCAAAUUAAAGGUUGAUGACAAAGGCUUUCUUCCUUUGGAUCCAAAGUCCAACAUUGACAUAACUGGUAAUGCCGCUGUUUAUAACGUUAAUACAAUCAAGCUGAAGAGUAGAGCGGGAUCAAGGGGGAAUAGGUUACCAAAUUUCCCGUGUCCCAUACCUUGCAUUCUUAUCUCCCAUCCUUUUUUCUUGGCUUCUUCGGUUAAGAUCUUUUUUCGAUGCGAAAUAUUAAGUGGUUUUCUCCAAUAGUACAAUGGAACCUCCACAAACGACCACUUCUCUACAACGGCCAUUUUUUUUGGCCCGACGGGCAGUCCAUACAUUGACUCUUGUUUAACCCUUUCUACAACGGCCACCUCUCUACAACGGCAACGGCCACUACAGCGCGUCCCCAACUUUCAAAACCUCUCGAAAACGGCCAGUUUUGUCGCUCAAUUUGAUCAGUAUGGCGCGUUGAUGAUCGACGCAAUCGUUUUGAUUCCGUUCCAUUUAACACUGCGGCACCGAAGUAUGAAUCAUAUACAAUAUAUACUUUAAGCAAAUGUUACGAGCCCUGCUCGUUUGGCCAUGUUAACGAUUUGAUUCAAAAAAUUAAUUAUAAUAGAAGUUUUUUGUGUGUAUUUUAGCUCUAUAUAUCAUUUUUAUGUUUGGAUAGCCAUUAUGAAACACAUGAACUUGGCACAAUAAACAUGUUUUACUCCCCUAAAAACAUUUGUCAAAGUACACCCCUUCCUCCCCAUAAUGGCCACUUUCUUCUGUCCCCAAGGGGGCCAUUGUGGACAGGGUCCACUGUAAUUAAUGCAUGAUUUAACAGGUUCUAAGAAACCGACGACGACCAAACCGAAAGGAAUUUUUGUGUUUUGCCAGGAGCCCAUCAUGGGCUCCUGGUUUUGCAAAAUGUUUGGAUUCCUUGAAUAACUGAUUCCCUGUCCACACGUAUCCAAAUAUUUUUUAAUAUGGAGAUCUUUUUCUUCAUUCACAAAAAAAUACCUGUCCACACGUAGCGUAUUUCAACCGUUUUCACCCGUCUACAUGAAAACGCUAAGAUGACGGAAACAUGAUAGCAGCCCUUACUGUGCAUGCGUAAUUGCGAGGGCAUGAGGAGCCCUCAGUCCUAAUCUCCGGGUUGUUAUUACGCAUGCACGUCACGUAUGUAGCCAGCUUCGUUUGGACUUCCACUAAGAAUAAAUGGAGAGCACCGAACGCAAUCUGAUCACUCGCGUUUGUACCUUCUAUCAAUCGUAAUCUGAUCAGGCAUGUUUUAACCUUCUAUCAUGGGAAAAUUGUGCAAAGCACAGUGUUGGAGCAAGAGUGUCGGAGCUCUCAGUAACCUUUCAGCGUAUUCGAAAACCGACGCAAACGAGAAGCCGGCGAUUUUAAAAACUCCAGUCUGGGGAAAGUCUUGAAAACCUGCGCUAUUGAUGCCCGAAAACGCCGUAAACGUGUGGACGGCCGAAAGGCUAAAAAGAAGAAAAAAUCUCCGUUUUCAAAAAUAUCCGGAUACGAGUGGAAGGUGCCUAACUUGCUCAUUUACUGCUGACCCAAGCCCAUUUUCAUUGUAACUCGAUACUUAUGUAAUCAGGAAUGUCCAAGAACUGGUGGUCUGGACUUAGUCUUCUUCACAAUUUAUUCACAAGAGAGCACAACAGCAUUUGUGACAUGCUGAUGGAGAAUCACCCAGCUUGGAAAGGUCAAGAUGAGCGACUCUUCCAAACCGCAAGGUACGACCAAACUUUAAACGUCUCAUUUCUUUAAUCAGACAAAAUAUUUGCGGAAUGCGUCAUUGUGUCUUCAGGGAUACGUUAAAUAUCAUCACGCUGCUUGAGUUAAAUUCUCAGGUUUUAUUGUGAAUGCUGAGGGAGAGGACAGCGCUGAAUUUGAAGUAAUAAUAUAAUAAUAAUAAUAAUUAACUUUAUUUAUAUAGUGCCCAUAUCCUGAGCUCAUGGCGCUUCACAAUGUAAAAAAGGGGAAAAUGAAGUAAUUUACAUAUCACAAAAAAUAUUAAAAAUCUAUUUACAAUCAUUAUAUUACAGGUCUUAAAAUCAUAAAGUUUACAAAAACAAUGACCCACUCUCUAAAAAUUGCUAAAAAAGAUAUGUUUUCAAUUCUUUCUUGAAACCAGUUAAAGAUGGUGACUUAUGCAAAUCUAAUGGUAGUGAAUUCUACAGUUUAGGGGCACAUACUGAAAAAGCCUUGUCCCCGUAAGUUUUCGUGAUUGAUCGAGGUUGGUCUCUAGUAAGAUAAUGGGGUCAUUUUUUGUUUAAUCUAUGCAUAAAAACUGGGGAUAAGUGAUCUCAAUUUUUUCUGUCUAUACAGCGUGGAUAUUUCAUAACCAUAUCCAUUUAAGUUUCACCAUACCGUAAAAUUCCGAAAAUAAGCCCCUCCAUGUAUAAGCCCCUCCAAAUGUAAGCCCCCCAAUCUAGUAACGCAAAAACCCUUCCGUUAAAUCGCCCCUCCAAAUAAAAGCCCCCCGUGUGGCUUGUACUUGGAAAUUGCCCUCAAAUACAAAGUAAAACAAAGCAAAAACGGCAAAUUUCAUUUCAUUUAUAAGGCUAGCCCAAUCGACUUUGAAACGCAAAUUUCCCUCCGUAGAUAAGCCCCUCUAAAAAUAAGCCCCUCAAAAAGGGCCUUUGAAAAAUAUAAGCCCUGGGGCUUAUUUUAGGAAUUUUACGGUAUUCUGUUUAUUUUUUCAAUGUUUUCAAAUAAGAUUAAAAUUGUAACAUCCAGACAGGUUCUUUUUUUCGAUUAAUAGGGAGCUUAAGAAAAACGACGGUUAAGGGUACGAAAACGUCACUUUAUAAGUGAAUUUCAUAUCGUUCAAUUCGUCAAAUGUUGGCAAAUUUUUAGGAGUUGAAUUCUAAAAGACUGAAUCAAAGUUCGGGAAAAGUAAAGGAAAGUUGUUCUUGUGCUCCUGUCCUCGACAAAUCGUUAAAUUAGGCAGUUUCACGUCGUAGUCGUGCAGUUACGUCAACGAAAUGUACAAAAAAACGUGACUAUGCACGUGCAAAGUUGUUGUUUUAGCAAUCUAAACAUAUUCAGUGCUUUUUUGCCGUUCUCGUUGACGUCGCCGUCGUCUUUGCUUAAGUUCCCUAUGAGCUGGUAUUCCCCACUCUGGGAAACCAGAAGGGGAAUGGGUACAAGCUUUCGGCUCAAUGAUUUCUGAGAUGUAUUGGGUGGACAAUUGUUACUCAUAUUUGGCUAAUUGUUGCCUUGAAUACCAUCGACCAAUCCUAACUAACGCUUGUCCUCCCAAACUACCCUAGAAAUCACUGCGCCCAAAGCUUGUACCCAUUCUCCCAUACGUAACAGUAUAUGAUAGCAGUGGGAUAAGAGGGAUUACAAGUUUUUCGCGACGCACGUCAGCCGGAAGUGGAUGUUUUGCAUUCUUGCCCAUAUUUUCGCGCAAAUCCUCUGUAUACGAGAAAUUAACAAGUAUUGGAUGAGGUUGAGCAAAAUAUCGUGAUUUGUCAGUGGCGAGCAGAUCAAUUAUUUGCCGAAGCCGAAGGCUGAGGCAAAUAAUUGAUGUGCGAGACACUGGCAAAUCACGAUAUUUUGUGAUAACCGAGUUCAAUAAUUGUUUUAUCAUUCGAUCACCAAGUUUGUUUUUUAAUGAAUAUCUUCGGGAAGCGAAGCGAUCUGCCUUUUUUCACGCAAGAACGUAUCACGCGUGGUUUCGUUUACGCAUGAGCAGAACAUUAUUUGCAGCCAAACACAGUUGGACGACAUUGCGCAUGAGCAGACCAUUAUUUGUAGGCAGUUAUUUGCAGGUCACAUGGUGGGCUUUUAGCCAAUGAAAAGGAAGAAAAAUUUGCAUCGAAUGAUAAAGAUACUUAUUUGGCACACUUCCGGUCCACGUGCGUCGUCCAAAAACGUCUUUGCUUAAGCUCUCUAAUUUAAUAACGCACCCUGAGACCAGCCUUUACUGAUUGCAUAUAAAAUACCAUCUAUAUGACAGGCUCAUUAACACGGCUCAGAUUGUCCAGAUUCAUACUCUGGAAUGGACUGGCGCAAUACUGAAUACAGAUUUCAUUAACGAGUCAUUGAUAGGACAGUGGUACGGCAAGCUGAGUCCUCGAGUGAUAAAAAUGCUUAAAGAAAUGAAUAUUACUCUUGGAUCGAACAGUAUUCCAUCGCACCAAAAGAACCCGCCUGACUACAGGGGUGUUCCAUUUUCCCUGACGGAAGAAUUCGUUGCUGUUUACCGAAUGCAUUCGUUAUUACCAGAUUAUCUUAAUAUUCGCCGAAUGACAACCGGUAAGAGUUACGCCUUAAAAUAUACUGUUGCCUUUUAACCCUUUCACUGCCAAAUGUGGCCAAAGGCAAAUUUCGACCAAACAUCCAAAUUUCACUUUCUAAAAUUUUGACAAACAAAUAGCAUCAUGUGAAAGUACAGGCGGAGAGCUUUCAUUUGAAUGGUCAUAUCAUAGGAUUUCGUCCACAGACUCAAAAGUUAGAGUCACCUUACAAAAAUCCAUCAAGCGUUCUGGCAGUGAAAGGGGUAAAUAAAUAUGUGGCAAAACACGUUCCGCUACCGUAACUCCCAGGAAGAAAGGGUGUAACUUAAGAUAUGUAUAAUGCUUUUCUGGCCAAUCAGAAGCCAGGAAUUCAAAUGGUCCAAAUGCUUCUCGGGGUUGGAAAAAAAGAAUGCAGUGAUUUUGCUGGGAAUAUUCCUACCUCUAAAGCUUCUUCUAGGUUCUUCAAGGAUGCUCACAUUAAAAAUUGUUUUAAACGUUGCGUUAAGUUUGUAAACCGGCUCGUUUGCAUUCUGGCUGAAAAAAGCCAACUACGACUUGUAAAUAGGAUCGAUGAUUUUUUGGAUGAAUCCCUUUCUAAGAUGCCUAGCUGGUUAAAAUGUUAAAAUUAUAAAUGAAUUUAAGACCGCUGCAUAAUUUUAUAACGCCUCUAUCUUUCCAUUUAAAUGAAAAAUUGUUCCCUCAGGUCAAUUAAAAGGAAAGAAAUACAGCCUUCCGAAAUACUCUUUUGGAAAUGCACGAAAUGUGUUCGAUGAGAACGAGUUAGACGACAUUCUCUACACUUUCGGAGUGGAAAAGGCAGGUCAGCUUGUUUUACACAACUAUCCCAACGAACUGAUGAAACUUAAAAUACCAAAGCACCAAGGAGGAGAGGUAACUGAAACGCAAGUAAUUGCGUAUUACGAAUCAAGCGUGAGGUGAAAAUACCAGUUAGUGUGGGUUCUGUUCUUUUAUAGCGUUUUAUUCAGUAGAACGAAACGUCGUAGUCGUGGUCCAUAAAAACGUAGUAAACUGCAACGCUAAUAUUUAGCUAGCCGGAGAAAACAGCCGAUAUUAAGCGACGCCGCCACUGGUUUCUCCGCGAAAUGACGUCCGAGGAACGUGCACAGAUCUGAAAUUUGCUUUAUACCAGUAAGAAGUGCUUCUCAGACCUUGGAAAUAAUACGUCAUCAGUGUGGAAUUUCUGCAUUCGGUUCUCAGACGUCAUUUCGUAGGGAAACCAGUGAUGGAGAACAGCCUUGGAUUUAUUAUUAACUGAAAACUUGCCUUGCGGGACAUAGCGGGAAAUCCAGAGCGGGUCAGUAAGAAAGGCCCCGCUGCAUCUUGUCGGGUUGAGUCACCAAUUAGAACAUAGGGUCCAGUUGUCUAAAAUAAAUAGAUAAACGUCUUUAUUGUUUUCCAAUUUUAAUUUUAUUGUUUUUAUUGUUUUUGAAUUUUAAUUUUAUUGUUUUUUCAGUUUUUGAAGACCGAUUAGCGCUAACCCAGGGUUAAAUUUUAACCUGGGUUUCUUUUUCUUUUGUUCAAAAGUAUUUUCCUGGAUAAUUUUCGCAAUUCGUUUUAGAGCCUCUAAUCAUCAAUUGGUAGACAAAAAGAAAAAACUAGAUUAGUUUUUCAAGCUUUCAUAUCUGAACUGAAAUUACGCACUAACCCUGGGUUAUCUUAGCCCUGCUUUGGACAAUCCGGCUCAGGAUUCAAGUCACCAGGCCCACUCUGUUGACAGUUUUAAAAAAUUUUUUUAAGACGCAUCUUUUUAGUAAAGCUUUUCAUCCUUAGUUAGGUGUACUUAAUACCUAUACACAACUAUGUAAUUUUUAUUUAUUUUUAGCAAAAUUUUUAAAGACGUACCUUUUAUUAAGGCUCUUUAUUCUUAGUUAGGUUUUUUGAUAACAUACACAACACAUGAUGUAAUUCUUAUUUAUCAUUCAGUUACUUUUAUUCUAUGUAUUGUUGUAAAGCGCAGUUGAUCAUCUCGUCCAAGUGAGAACUGCUCAAUAUAAAUUCUUAACUAUUAUUGUGUGAUUAUUAUUAUUAUUAUUAUUAUUCGCGUAGCCAGCCAGGUAAUAUCCCAUACUGCCGUGAUGUAGAGUUUUGGUCGCUUAUUAGCUCCUGAAAACUGUCUCGAAGUCAACAGAGCAGUGCCGUAGCCAGACCAAACGGCCAACCGAGGCAGGCGGGAGUUGCUAGGGGGGUUCGGCGGCAUGCCCCCCGAGAAAUUUUGAACUUUAGUCUCUCGGAAAUGCGAUUUGCAGCGUUUUCUGGGCCUUUCGGUAACUUUUUUUCGAGUUAAUUUAAGUGGAAUUUAAAAAGCAAUAAUCAGAAACAAGCUACAUAAUCUGGAUGACCGUUAACCUCGCCAAUGGUUUUGAUCAGUAUUUGUUCCAAAAAAAUUUGAGUUAACGUACGUAGCCCCUUGAGAUCGAUGAUAUGGUAAUUUUUUUUAUAGUAUAUUGACUGAAUUGCUGAAUUCUUUGUAAUAUCAUGAUGCGUUAAAAAUAUCCGAUGAUCGCUUAUGUAAAAUAAAAAUGAUCGGCGAAAUUCGUCAAAAUUUUACCGAGGCGAGUGCCUCGGUUGGCCUCAUACUAGCUACGGCGCUGCAGAGUAAAACAGAGGAACAAAAGCUUAUCUAGUAACUGACAGUGUCAAUGAAACUUUGAUGUUAUGAUAACGUCGAUGACCUUGUACCUAAUUUAACCCUGCUAACUUGUAAAUUUUCUUUCAGCUUGUCGAUUUGGCGACCAUUGACAUUUUAAGAGAUCGUGAGCGAGGAGUUCCACGGUACAACCAAUUUAGACGCCUGCUUAACUUAACAGUACCAGACACUUUUGAGAAGCUAACGAAUGACACAGCGACUGCAGCGGAACUCAGACAAGCGUAUAAUGGUAAAAUCGAAGAUGUGGACCUCCUGAUUGGCUCGUUAGCGGAGGCUCGUCCCGAGGGAUUCGGGUUUGGUGAUACACCGUUUCAUCUCUUCUUGUGCAUGGCCAACCGGCGGCUCAGAACCGAUAGGUACAGUUUGAAUUAAUGUAAUUAUUUUAGUUUAGAAUUCUGGUUAAAAUACUUUUUUUCCGUUUAUUUGAGAUCUUUUUCUUCCCAGCCAAGAUUUCGUUCAAUUAAAAUAUGUUUCUAUAGGGUCGUAGUCAUUGGAGCGAAUUGAAAAUUAAGUUAUGAAAGGAAUGAUUAGUAGUCAAAUAUUAGAUAGUCUCUCCCACCAACACAAGGUGCCUCUAAGCUUAUUAGGAGACUAACUGGUUAUAUGUGUACAUCUCUGGUUCGGAGAGAAAGUAAACAGGUGCUUAGAGUUUUCUCAAUAUGCGUUAGACUUUCUGAAUAGGUUAGCAAAUACGAACACAGAUUGUUGUCAAUCAUGCAGAUUGCAUUCUAUGCUAUGUUGCACUUACUGCUGGGGAUAUUUCACUUCAAUGGGUAUGCCUUACCGACAAUUAAACCUAAACUGCGAGACAGACCUCUUUAAAUGCAGAGAAAGUUCUUAAUCAUAAUUACCGCUCAAUAUGGCCGAAAUAUCUCUAGGUUUUAAAGUAAUGAUAAGUUCUGCCUUUUCUCUAUAUGUCAGGCACUUAGCCCAAGAUAAUUUGUUGGUAUCGGGAGAGUCGCGAUUACCCAUCGAUGAAAAAGUUUGCCCAGCUAGCUCUGUAUCAUUAUGUGUUUUCUCAGAUUUUUGACGAUUGAUUACAAAGAAGAGUACUACACCAAAGAAGGAUUGAAAUGGGUUGAAGACUCCACCAUGAAGAAAGUUCUACUGCGUAACUUUGAUAACGUGCCAGGACUAGACAACGCCAUGAGGACAGUUACUAAUGCCUUUUUUGUAUGGAAUAAAUGA